AUGAACACCUGGAAUCAUACAAAUAAACCAGACUUCUUCCUCCUGGGACUGACAGAUUCCGAGGAGAUCCAGCUGGUCCUCUCUGUGCUGUUCCUCCUAAUAUACCUGGUCACUGUGCUGGGGAACAUGGGCAUGAUGCUCAUCAUCCGUCUAGAUGUUCAGCUUCAAAGUCCAAUGUACUUCUUCCUCACCCACUUGUCAUUACUUGACCUCAGCUACUCAACGGUCAUCACACCUAAAACAUUAGAAAACCUUCUGACAUCCACCAAGAACAUUUCCUUCCUGGGCUGCUUCAUGCAGCUGUACUUUUUUGUCCUGUUUGGUGGAGCUGAAUGUUUUCUUCUCUCUUCUAUGGCCUAUGACCGCUACGUAGCUAUAUGCAACCCUCUACACUACCCAGUUGUUAUGUCCACAAGACGAUGCCAUGCCCUCCUCACUGGCUCUUACAUGAUGGGAGCCAUAGACUCCUCUGUCAAUAUGCUUUGUCUAAGCAGGAUAAAUUUAUGCAGCUCUCAUGUAAUCAAUCACUUUUUCUGUGACACACCUGCAAUUUUAGCACUGUCCUGCAGUGACACAUAUGUCAUUGAAAUGAUAAUAAUUAUAGUCUCUGGCUCAACUCUAAUGGUAUCCCUUCUCACCAUAUCAAUGUCUUAUGCAUCCAUUCUAUUUACCAUCUUGAAAAUCAAUUCUACUUCCGGAAAGCAAAAGGCCUUCUCCACCUGUGCCUCUCAUGUCCUUGCAGUUACUAUAUUUUAUAGCACUAUGAUCUUCACCUAUUUAAAACCAAAGAAGUCCUACUCUUUGGGAAAGGACCAAGUGGCUUCUGUUUUCUACACCAUUGUGAUCCCCAUGCUAAACCCACUCAUUUAUAGUCUCAGAAACAAAGAAGUGAAAAGUGCUAUCAGUAGAGCUAUAAAGAAAAGGGAGGGUUCCAAGCAGUUAAGAUAG